GCGGCCUUUCUGCAGAGGUUGCGCACUGCGAGCAUCACUUGGACGCUACUUGGCGCUCAGUGUCUCAAUCUUCCUUUUGCCACGUGCAGCAAAAUGCGUCUGGACGCUCUCGCUCUGGGGCUACUGGCGCAUGUCGUUGCCGCCGACACGACCGAGUCGGCCGUCACGCUCGUCCUAUCAUACGUCGUUCGCGCCGUGAGUCUCCGGUCGCCCACCGUGCCGACGCCGUCGCCGUCGCCGCCCGAGAGCUCGCUCGACUUGCUUCUCAACUACCACUAUUCGCACAUUUGGAGUGGUCUCCUCGCGGGGUUUGCGAUUCCGAUUGGGCUUGUCCUCGCGUUUCUCGGCUUCAAAAUGCUCAAGGUGUCGGCGCUCCUCUGCGGCUUCUCACUCGGCGGCCUCUUGCUCUACGUGCUCUCGCUUUUGAUUUUCGCCGAUCAGUCGUAUAUUGUCACGGCCACGUGGGUCGCGUUCCUCAUUGGCGCACUCCUCAUCGGUGCCAUCUCGAUGCUCCUCGACCAAGUCGGCAACUUUGUCAUUGGCCUCUGCGCCGGCGCGGCGUUCGCGGCACUCCAGCACAUUUCUUAUGGCUACAAGUACUGGCCGUCGAAUCCCAACGGCGCCUUGUACAUUAGCGUCGCGUCGUGGGCCCUCGUCUUUGGUGCCCUCACCGUCCUCGGUGGCAAGCCGCUCCAGAUCGUCUCGACCAGCCUCGCCGGGGCGACAAUGACGGUAUGGGGCAUUGGGUACUUUGCCGGGCGCUACCCCAGCGUGUGUGACCUUCCGCGCCAACAAGCGUUUGGAAAUGGACCAUGGGAGUAUGAUAUUCCGUCGGCGUGGUGGGGCUACCUCACGGCGACGCUCGUGCUCUGGGUCGCGGGCAUUGGCCUCCAGUUUGCUGUCACGGCCGUCGACCCGGUCGUCGUCAAGAAGGAAGAUCACCACGCGACGCACGAUGCGACGCAUCACCGCGAGCUGUACGCGCACCACCACCUCUCUCCGUACCGCAAGUCGCGCUCGCAACGCAAGUCGUCGUUCUCGUCGUCGUCCUCGUCGUCGGACCACCAUGCCAUUGAAAUGACCGAGCGUCGGCACCAAACUGACAAAGUCGACCAUCCAAAGACGGACAAGCACCGCACGAGCAGUCACGAGGCGUCGUCGAUUCCGGACGGCGUCCCGAUUGUCGAGACGCACUACGUGCAGGUGGGCACGCCGCACCACCAUCACGACCACCACCGCCAUCACCACUUUUAACCUUUCCAAACCUGUACACUACCCAAUACUAAAAAACUAGUCGUCGUCUUGUGCCCAUA